CGUUUCAGCGGGCCAUGAAUAUGGCCUUCGCUGAGUUCGUUAACAAAACCCGACUAACCCAGCCCCUGAUUAAUUUCUGCGUGAUUGUGUACAUGGAUGAUAUUUUGGUCUUUUCAAAAACACAUGAGUACCACGUGGAACACAUUGAGUGGGUUUUGCAUGCACUGAAAGAUGCGGGGUUCAAAGUGGCCUUGGAGAAAAGCGAGUUCUUCUUGUCGGAGAUCUCAUUCUUGGGGUACAUCGUCACGGUCGAUGGACUAAAACCGGAUCCGAGGAAGGUGGCAGCAGUUCAAGACGCCCCGGCGCCGGUCACACUCACCCAAGCUCGGGCUUUUCUAGGGCUGGCAUCCUAUUCCCGACGCUUCAUCAAGGGGUUCGCCGACUUAGCGAAGCCCCUCACGAACCUGCUGAAGAAAGAGGAACAGCUGAUCUGGAUGUCGGAAUGCGAAGCGGCAUUUCAGGCAUUGAAGGAGGCUCCGACAUCUGCUCCUGUGUUGGCGUGCCCCGACCCGACAAGACCGUUCGCACUGUACACAGACUGGCAGCCUCAGGCGAUAUCGGCGGUGCUGACUCAGCACAGCAAGGACAGAAGGGAGCACGUCAUUGAGUAUGCGUCCAAGACGCUGAGCCAGGCGCAGGCUAAUUACGAAGCAUGCAAAGGCGAAUGCCUGGCGGUGGUGUGGGGGAUUCAGCACUUCCGACCGUAUCUGUACGGCCAGAAAUUUGUGCUGGUAAUGAAUCAUCAGCCGCUGCUAUCCCUACGCAACAACACGGACUACACGGGGACGCUGGGCAGGUGGGCGGUGCGUCUGCAAGACUAUGACUUCGACUUCCGCCACCGUGUCACGCGGCAGCAUGGUAACGCCGAUGGAUUAACGCGCCUUCUGCCGCCCAACAAGUGUCCCACCAACGAGCGACUCAUUCCGUGGAGGCCAGAAGUCGCGGCGACGAAACUGCACUACGGGGAGCUACAUGUGCUGCAGCACUUAGUGGAGCUAACUGACGUGGAGCCGCUGCCUUUCACCGAUGAAGACGCGUGGGAGUUGCACCGGGCGCUGUACAAGUCGGUGACGUUGGGGAUGUUCCAGUUCUUCGUGGAGCACGAAGACCACUGCAUCGGGGAGCACUUCGUCGUCUACUACGUCAUCACGCGGCCCAAGCCAGCGGAGAAGGAAGGGACGGUCGCGUUGUACCCAUUCGCCCAGCUCCAGACGAUCGAUCCGGGAUUGUUGGAGCUCAUACACCUUGAGCUCCUCUUCAUUGCGCAGGUGAUCUCGAGCGAGGAGGAUGAGAUCCAACCGCGAUUGCGGACGGCGACGGCCCCACGGAGAACGUACAACGCGGUCGUCAUCCCGGAGUACAUUGCGCAGCGCACGGAGAGAUUGGAGGACUUCCCGGAGGAAAGGCCGUUGCGUCCUCCCUCGUCGUAUCCCCGACCGGCGGCACCGAAGGCCCCCAAGAAGACGCCACCCAUCGCCAGGGGCGCAAGGCAGCAGGAUCGGCGGCGGCGAGGAGGUGAUUCAGUCCGCACGUCCGCGGAAUCCGGACCCCGUGCCUGGGAGUGCGGCGACGCUUGUUAAGGAGGCUGUCGUGCCAUCGCCGCCCGUUCCGCG